AUGGGCAGAUUCUUCUUGUCCGUAGCAAAGGCUGCUGCUGCAACUGCUUUGGAUCCAAGAUUGGGUGCAGAAUCAGGUUUGAAACUGCACAUGGCAGAUGAAUCUAAAUCUGGUGCUCCGACAGGAAAGACCAACAAUGCUGAACCUGAGCAGUCUAGUGGAAUUAGGAAUCGCAACAAAGGGAAAACUCAAUCCACUACUCUGGGGACAGCCACUGCAAAUCAUCCCAAUCAACAAUUAGUUGCUUCUAAGGGAACUGAUCAAACACAGACUCGCACACAGAAAAAGAUUGUAGUUGUUGAGCAUCACCGACCUCAAAGCUCAACAAAGUAUGAUGGGGGAUGGAUUGCUCAAAUUGCAGCAUUGCUUGUGGGUGAGGAUGCAAGGCAGUAUUAUGCACUCAUAUGUGGUAACUGCUAUAUGCAUAAUGGUCUUGCUAGAAGAGAGGAUUUCCCAUUUAUCACUUACUGGCCCAGAGAUAUGGAAACAACUUCUAACCAAAUCCAAAACCCGGUUUAUUCAUAUAACAGAAAACCUCCUAACUGUCAUAACUAA